AUGAAACCAGGAAAUCAGACCAAGGUGGUAGAAUUCUUACUCCUGGGAUUUUCCCAAGAUGCACAGGAUCAGCCAAUGCUCUUUGGGCUGUUCCUGUCCAUGUACCUGAUCACUGUGCUUGGAAAUCUUCUCAUCAUCCUUGCUGUCAGCUCUGACCCCCACCUCCAUAUCCCCAUGUACUUCUUCCUCUCCAUCCUCUCCUUGGCUGACAUCGGCUUCACCUCCACCACUGUCCCCAAGAUGCUGGUGAACCUCCAGACGCAGACUAAAUCCAUCAGUUAUGCAGGCUGUCUUACCCAGAUGUAUUUUUUCAUGGUUUUUGGAGGCCUGGACACCUUUCUCCUGACUGUGAUGGCUUAUGACAGGUUUGUGGCCAUCUGUCACCCUCUCUACUACCCAACCAUCAUGAACCCCCAACUGUGUGGUCUGUUGGUUCUUGUGUCCUGGUUCAUCAGCUUGUCCUAUUCUCUGAUCCAGAGUCUGUUGAUGUUGCGUCUGUCUUUCUGCACCAAUUGGGUCAUUCGACAUUUUUAUUGCGAACUUGCUCAGGCUCUGAUGUUGGCUUGCUCCAACACCCUGAUCAGUCACAUCCUGCUCUAUAUGGUGACCGGCCUCCUUGGCUUUGUUCCUUUGUCAGGAAUCCUUUACUCCUAUGUCCAAAUUGUCUCCACCAUCAUGAGAAUCCCUUCAGCAGAUGGAAAAUACAAAGCCUUUUCUACCUGUGGUUCCCAUCUCUCUGUGGUUUCUUUAUUCUAUGGGACAGGCCUUGGUGUCUAUCUCAGCCCCAGUACUUCACCCUCUUCCCAGAAGGGCAUGGUGGCCUCGGUGAUGUACACAGUGGUGACCCCCAUGCUGAACCCCUUCAUCUACAGCCUGAGGAACAAGGACAUUAAGACAGCCUUGUGGAAGCUUCUUGGUAGAAUGCUGCGUGUCUACUGA